GUUCAUGUGCCAAACUCCUGACCGCCGAGUCUUAAAGAUCAUGAGACAAUUUGGGCGGCGCACAGCACGAAGAGAGGCUAUGUUCGGCUGUUUGGAAGUUAACCCGAGUUUUAGAGAAACGGUCGUUAAAACUCGGUUUCUUUCUCGCUGAGGGCAGAAUCUAGCUAGGAAGGACCGAGUAAGACUCAACUUCUGCCGGAGCGCCAGUCGUAGUCGGAGCGGGGGAGACGUUGGCAGAGGUCGGCGCCCAAAUAACCGUCAAGAAAAGCAGGUUUUACAUUUUACAGAGCGGACUACUUCUUCAUUUUUUGUCACAAUGCUUAAGCUUUGCCUACAGAGAGCUCUCCGACCGACCUUACAGAAGUUACCCUCGGGACUGAAACAGGCACAACCGGUGGUACCGCUGGUGGCGCCGAGGUUGCCGGCGUUAGGGCGACACACGCCGAGCUGCUGGAUGGGCACACAUGGGAGAAACGAGCCAAAUGAGCCGCUCAACUCCCCCAAGAGAGCCAAAGAGUUUAUUUACCGCCUCCAGCCCAAGGAGAGGACGUGUUUACUGAAGGAGCUGCAGAGUUUCGAGUCCAUAGCCAUCGCUCAAGAGACCCUGGAGCCCUCGCCGCCGACUGCAGCGCAGAUCAGAUUUGUUUUGUUCCACAACGCCCUCCCCUUUGUUGGCUUUGGCUUCCUCGAUAAUGCCAUCAUGAUUGCAGCAGGAACACAGAUUGAACUCUCUAUUGGAGUCACUCUGGGGAUCUCCACCAUGGCCGCUGCAGCUCUGGGGAACCUGGUUUCAGAUUUGGCAGGUCUCGGUCUUGCAGGUUAUGUGGAGGCUCUGGCUUCCAAACUGGGGAUGCAGGUUCCAGAUCUGACGCCCAAACAGGUGGAUAUGUGGCAGACCAGACUCAGCUCUCACAUGGGUAAAGCCAUUGGCGUGUCCAUCGGCUGUAUCUUGGGCAUGUUUCCACUGCUGUUUCUGGAUGACGAUAAGGAGAAAGAGGCAGAAGCACAACCCUGUGACGACGCGGCAUCACGCUCGUCCUAACGGGUCGCUACAGACACACAACACCGUCACACCUACACACUGGAUACUGCUGAUGUCAAUUUUAGAAAAUGUCCUCACAGUCUGAUGUUUCUCUGUCCUGCUCAGGCGGCGUUCACACUUUUAUCUUCCUCCAGACCCUCUGAGGCCGUUUGUGAAACUUUCACUGGCUGCUGAUAUUUCAGCUCUUUAGAUUCUUUGAUGCACCGAGCCGCGAUGUUUUCAGUCAGAGUCUCACUCUCAUUUAAAUUCACUGAUUGAAAAUAGGUAUAGGUGUUGUAGGGAUUUCACCUGUUCUGAUUCUUUCAUUGGUUCUUCAUAUUGAUCCCAUUCUUCAUUGAUUCCUUUAUAAGCUGCUUCUUCUUGGUUGAUUAAAAACAUUCACAACCCGACAUUUAAAAAAUCAUUAGUCAACAUGUUUUCAAGUGAGCUGUGUUUACUUCCUGUUUUACAGUUGAGAUCGUUUUGAUUCGUAGUGUAACAGCAGUUUAAGUAGAGAAGAGUCACAAAACCAGCAAAUUAAUUCAGUAAUCUCAUUUACACAGGGAUAUUUAUUUAUUUUGUUUAUUUGUUUUUAGCUCAGCAGCUAAGCUGCACAGAUACAGCUACAACCUGUCAAAUAGAUGAAAAACAUUAUUUAUAUUCAAGCUGUAAUGAAAAUAAGAGAAAAAAAAUAAGAUGUAGGAAAUGUUUCAGAGCUCUUAGUUCUGCCAGUCUCAAUCAAACAACACAGUCAGACAAUUAUAAAACACUAAAAACAAGUUAGAGUCCAUCUAUGGAGCUAUAGAUACUCAAAUGUCUUGCUAACAUUAGCCACCACAAGCUACUGGUCGUACCAGGUGAGGCUGUAGUGACACACCUGAGUGUAUCGCAGUAAACCAGGGUGUGUUUUAUUCCUUGAGAAAUCAUCUUUUGACAUAUGAGAGGAAGGCUGCGUUUUUUUCUUCUUUCAGAGGGUAAAUAGUCUCAUUUUAAAGCUUUUAUAGCAGCAUGAGUUUCAGCCUCAGUCUACGGUCCAAGGACAUCUUCAGUAUGUUUCUGUCUUUACCCGGACUAAGAAAUGAAACUGAGUUGACUUUAGCUGUAUAUAGGAUCCCAGCUUUUCCACACUCUCCUAAGAUCAGUAUUUUGCAUGCGUUUCCUUUUGUCCGUCUAGUUUUCCAAAUAUUGACCACAUGUGUAAAGACGUCCUCUCUGCCGUGGCUCAUUCUGGGUUUUCGAUAUGAAGAAUCGCUGAUGUUGAAGCUGAACGAUUUGGGAUUUCCAGCUCGAUUCUUGAUGCUUCAAAAACGCCUGUUGUGAACGCCGCCUGAGUAGCUCCCAGGAUGGGAUCAGCCCACCUGUCCCACAUGACUGCUUCCUAAACAUCAGCUCCAGCUGCUGAUUUCAACAGGGUGUUAGACUUCCUCUUUUGUGUGAUAUUGAUAAAUCCAGCUGCCAACUUGCCGAUGUGGCUGGUCAUCAUUUCCCAUCCUGACAGUAGAAACACAGACAUUAGACACUCACCAGCUGUUUUGGCAGCUGGAACACUAUAUCAUGGUUUUACUUUUUUCUUCAGCAGACACUUUAUACAUUUGAAGACGUCUUCUCUAAAACACUAUCUGUUUGUUUUUGGGUCAAAAACAUCAAAUAUUUCUUUUUAUUUCAACUGAAAGGUUUCAGUGACAAACUAAAAAAGUCGUUUUGUGCAUCUUAACAAAAACUAAACAAAACAAAAAAACUAUGUAAAUGAAACAAACAGGAACAGUGUCAUCUGCUACCUCGAGGAAUGUGUUUGGUGUUUUGCAUGAAGAACUGAUGUAGCUCUAUAAUCAGACUUUUUAUUUCUCUAUCAGAUGGUUUUUAAAGUGCUGGAAAGUCUUGAAAUGUUUUGCGAAGGUUGUUUAACGAAGGAGGCUUGAAGUAUGGUGUCUGCUAUUUUGAGUUUUUGGGCUUUACACUAAUGUUUGCUUUCCAAGGUCUUUCUGUACCUCUGUGUUUUUCUGUCUCCACCAUCGUUUUCUUUCACUCCUUCUCUCUCGCAGACUGUUGACUGGGAUCCAGCCUUCUGUGUAAUUACUUUUUAUCAGACUUGAAGCUCCAGAUGGUUUGGAUUUGCCACACACAUUUUAUACAGUGACAAGUCGGCUUACAAGUUUCACUGUUUGCUGUCACUUAAACUGUCUUUCUUUUAUCUGUCGUUCUUUCUCUAUUUUCUCUUCCUCUGGCUUCAGCACAUGUUCAUGCUGCUUUUAGUUUAGUUUUGUUUUUUUUUUGUUUUUUUUACAGUGAAUCUGUUUGAUCCUUUUCUCCAGCUGAGUCACAGCUGUUUUCAAAAUAACACCCACAGUCACUCUGUUUACCAUACUGUGCACUAUAUUUAUAUCCCAUCAUUUUAUCUAAGUGUCCCAAUUAAGGCUGCAACUAAUUAUUAAUUUAGAUGUCGACUAGGCUGUUGAUCAUUUUUAUGAUUAAUCAGUCGUUUCUUCUAGAGUGUCAGAAAAUGAUUAAGGAAAGUC